AUGGCGUCUGUCACGUCACGCUCCAACAAGAGCUCCUCUUCUACCCCCCUUGAAGAUCCUGAUCCCUUCACGCUUGACCUUAAGCCCCCACCACUACGCCUCCCUCAGCGUAGAACUGACGUGAAUCUAGAUGGCUCUAGCUCUUUUGACCAGCAGGAAACAUCAAGUAUAGGAGAUUCCUCUACUGCUACAGUCCGUCAAAAUAGCCCCGACCCCUUGCCUAAGCCCGUUAUAACCAAGAUCCCUUCGCAACGCCGUACAACCACGGCAAAAUUAGGCUCACUCGUAUCCAAAUUUGAGAUCCUCGAUGCAGUAAAUAAUGCAGAGACUGGCACUUCAUUCAAAUCCAAACCUAGUGUGAUUCCCAGAGCUCAGGAGACUCUGAGACGACAGAGCCGGCCAGUUGAACCUGUGCAACGAAACCCGUUUGUAGAUAGAUAUAGGCCUGCCGAAUACUCCGCGAGUGUGUCUCCGAGGCAGGUGGCAUCUCCGCCUCCGAUGAGUAACAGAUCUAAGCUCCCGGUUCACACGUUAUACAGCACGACGGCGUCAGGAAACCAUAAUGUAUCCAGAAUUCAUCUUCCAUUAGAAACAAGUGGAGAGUCUUCAGCUAUGGCAAGACAGCGCCCAGCGGAAAUUCAAGCUUCAUAUGGUCAUGAGGUGAAACGUUGUGCUCCUAACCAUGACCUGUUACGAAAACCUACCGAGCCAAAUUUGGAACGGCCAGCGGCACAAAAACCUGUGACUGUUGCGACAGAUUCAUCACCGCGAAAUCUUCCAGCCCCUAAUACCCCUCGGCAACAUCCUCCAGCAAAAUCUCACCGGCCAAUCACAUCGUUAACUAGUCCUCUCAAAACUUCACAAAGAUUGAGCAUUGAAAGCCACGAAACGAAAUGCCAAGCCAUUCAGCAAUCGCCUAGUAAAGAUGCUCAGCCAUCGAGCGUUACAGGUAGUCCUGUGAAGAGAACACGGCCAAGCGUAGCAGAUCUUCGUAAAUCUUUUGAGCAAAAUUCACGCCCGGCAGAGCGAAUGCCUCAGACGCCUAGAAAACCCAAACUCACCUCGGAGAAAACACCAACUCGAACUAUUCAGAGUAACGAAGAGUUUCCUCGAUCACCAGGCUCCAUUUACCGAGGGAGCACUAUCUCUAUUAAAACAACAACACAAAAGGACAACGCUGUAACUCAGGCGACUCCAGGUGUCAUGGCCAGAAUCAACCAGACAGAGUUGAAGGAGAGAGAAUCACAACAGUCCCUUCGCUCUGCAGCCAACACCGCUAGGCAUACUCCAACAAUUUCAUUACCAAGAAGCAGUCGGUUCCGCCAAAAAGGGAUAUAUAACUUCGACGGGGCCAUGUCCCUGGAGCAAGAGGACCCCAAAGAUGAGGGAGAGGUGUUCGUCGAUUCUCAAUCGCAAUGUCUACUGCCUGGGCUUCCUCCAACUAUUCAAGGGAGCAAGACAUCUUCUCACAUAAGUUUAAGCCAGCCCCUUUAUCCCGCUGCCUCGAAAGCGUGUUCCAUAGGUACAUUGGGCGGUGUGUUGAAAAAGGAUGGCAAGUCUAAGGUGCCAAAAAAGACCCGAAGGAGUUCCAGACCAGUCCUUAAAUCAGAGGCUAUGACGAGAUGUGCAGGAAAAGUGUCGGACCUCAGAAAGUUCUUUGAGCGAUCCUCGAUUCGAGGCUCGUCUCCGGCUCCUUCUAAGGGUUUUUGGCAAAACCGCGACCGGGAUAAGCCAGAAAUCAACGUGAAGAAGCGUGUUGCACGAAAUAUCCUAACUGCGUCGACAACAACAUUAGAAACACAAGUUGCGCCGUUGGAGAGAAUAUUGACCCCUGAGCUGACCACACAAAUUUCAACCGAUGACUUCUCCUGUAACUUUGCGGAAGCCUUAGGUGACGCAGAGGCAUCGAAACUACGGGUAAAUUUGGACGCGGACGUAGAUGGUUCUCAUGAAAACCCCACGCUAAAGCAAGAAUCACCUGUCAAAAGCCGUAUACAACAAUUCGAAUGCCUAGAGCAGAAUUCUCCAGUUGCUAGCUUAGUUCCAUCUGCCCGAGCCAAAUCAUACAAUGCCAAUCUGCACACCCCUUCCAAGGUAAAGGGGAAGGGUGUUAAGCAAUCCGAAACUGAUGCAACCAGACACCCAUUCAAACAGCGGAGUGCAGAGUUGUGGCGGCGAAUAUCGAACCCCUUUACUCGGUCAGCGGAUACUUGGGGUAGUAGCAGUGAUGAUGAUGAGAAAGCCAAUUCGAGUACUGUCGACGAUACUGACGCACGGCCGCAGCCUGCUCAUCGGCGCGUGCGAUAUCGUCGUUCAAGACUCUUUGGCUACCAUCUAUAUCGUACAUCUGAAGUAAUUCAUUCCUCGGCUGAUUCAUCUCACAGUGAAUUGGGCAUUAAUACUGAUGACGAACUUGUAGCGACGUUCAGGAAUGAAGCACCAUCGACAUAUCAGUCGAUGAGAAGAACUUUUCCUUUUCUUGCGCGCAUGUCGGAGAGCCUAGGAGGCGUAGAAGAAUUCAACGACUUCGGACUCGAUGGCACCGUACUAUCUAAGGCGACACGGUGUCGAGAUAAACCGGCCAGUGAUGAGGCCUCGCAGGGCCUAAACGAUGCGCAGAGCGAUGCCAAACCGAUAUCGAAGACGGCAUCGCAGCAAACCACGGCGGAGCGCAAGCGCCGCAGGCUCGAAGAGAAAAAGCUUCGUCGAGAACAGAGAGAGAAGAAGAGAAUAGAUAAGGCGAAAGCAAAAGGAAAAGCAAAGGAUACAGGAGCUGAUGACGGCGAUAAUAGCGAGAAUAACGAGCAGGGCAAGGGGAAAGGGAAAGAAUCCGAUGGCAAAAAGAAAGAAAGCAGUUGGAGCAAGAAGACGUCUUCGGGUUUCGUAGUACGCCAGAUCAACGAUGUUAAGCUCAGACAUCCAAAGCCAAGACGGCCGGGUCAGGUCAGGAAGAUUGUCAACAUGUACAAGGAAAAGGCCAGCAGCGGGAUUAAACUAGGCAAAGGGAGCGGUGUCGGUUCUACACAUGCUGCCGGUACAAGUGCCGAGGAGGGAGGCAACUGA